CUUUCACUAUAAGUAGCAAAAACUCUCUUCAAUCUCUUUCACUUCCAAAAACCCAUUCAAAACCCUUUCCUUUUCCUUCCGUUUCUCAUAAGCUUCAAUUUCUUCAGAAACCGCGUUUCAUAAUCACUUUUUUAAGACAUGGAAAGGGGGGUUAAUGGCAACCCUAAAAAGCGGAAAAUGGGGGAAAGGGACGGAGACGAUGAUGAUGCUGGAGUUCGGAAAAGGAGAAUGUUUAAGAUUUUGUUGCCGAAUGAAACUAGUGUAGAUUUGACAGUACCUAAUGAUGAAAAUAAAUUGUCUGUUGGGGAUUUUAUUAAUUUGGUUCAAAAGAAGUAUUUGGAAGUUUGGAAGAAAAGUGAAUCUAUGAGGAAAAAAAGGGAUAUCAAUUGGAAGAGUAGUGGUUUGUAUCUUGAAGAUCGUAAUGAUAAUAAGAUUAGGAAUGUUAUUGAUUUAAAUAAUUUCACGCCUUACAAGCGUCACAUUUUACGCCUUAAUGAUGGGAGUGCCAAUGUUGUUGAAACUUUUGAGAAUAUGUGGGACUUGACGCCGGAUACACAGUUGCUACUGGAGCUUCCUGAAGAAUAUACUUUUGAAGCGGCUAUUGCUGACUUGAUUGAUAAUGCUUUGCAGGCUGUGUGGCAAAAUGAGACAAAUAAUAGGAAGCUCGUUUGUGUACAGGUUACCAAGAAUAAGAUUAUAAUUUUCGACAAUGGUCCUGGAAUGGAUGACUCCAAUGAGAAUUCCAUAUUAAAAUGGGGAAAGAUGGGUGCCUCACUUCACAGAUUAUCAAAAUCAGAUGCUAUUGGUGGACAACCCCCGUACUUAAUGCCUUAUUUUGGGAUGUUCGGAUAUGGUGGACCUGUAGCAUCUAUGCAUCUAGGGAAUCGUACUUGUGUUUCGUCCAAAACAAAAAAAGUAAAGAAAGUCUACCAGUUAUAUCUUGACAGAGAGGAUUUAAUAAAACAAUCUAACCCUGAAGCCACAUGGAAGGCGACGGGUGGCAUAAGGGAACCUUCAAGGAAUGAAAUCGAUAAUUCUCAAGGCAGCUUUACAAAGGUUGAAAUUUUUGAGCCAAAACUAAAAGAUGUUGAUAUUAACAAACUCCGGUGCCACCUCAAAGAUAUAUAUUUCCCCUAUAUUCAGAAUGACGACUUGUCUGCCAAAGGGAAAACUAUUACACCAAUUCAGUUCCAGGUCAACUGUGUUGAUCUGACAGAGGUUCAAGGCGGGGAGAUUGCAACUACCAAUUUGCAUUCUUGCAAUGGUCCUGAAUUUGUUCUGCAGCUUCAUAUGAAACGUUUACAGGACCACGGUUCAAGGGAAUUCCAAGAAGCAAAUGCACGACUUAGAUUUGUAUAUUUCCCUUUCACAGAGGGAAAAGAGAGUAUUGACAGGAUUUUGGAAAAUUUAACUGCUGACGGUUAUAUGAUAAGGGAAAGCUUUGAAACCUUUAGUCGCGUUUCUGUUAGGCGGCUUGGUCGUCUCCUUCCAGAUGCUCGCUGGACUUUACUUCCUUUUAUGGACUAUAGGAACAAAAGGGAGACUUAUAAGGCAGCGAUAUUGAAGAGAUGUUCCAUGAGGGUUAAAUGCUAUGUUGAAACUGAUGCUGGUUUUAAGCCUACUCAGUCAAAGACGGAUUUAGCUCACCAAAAUCCUUUUACCAUUGCUUUAAAGAACUUGGGCAGUAAAAUUUCAGACAAAGAGUCCGCAGAUGUUUCUGUUGAGAUUACCAGGGAUACAAAAGUGUUAACUCCUUUACAGCUAGAAAAGGAGUACCAGGAUUGGAUAUUACGUAUGCACAAUGAUUAUGAUGAAGGAGCUUAUGCCGGUGACUGUAUGGAUAAACCGGUUAUACUUCUCAAUCCACCGAACAAGAAAGCACUUGGCCUUUUUCAUGAUGUCAUCAGAGUUCAUCGGGUUCUGAAGAGAAAGGACAAGACAUGGAGUCGUGAACAGAGAAUUAAAGUGUUAAGGGGAGCAUGUUCAGGGUGUCACAGUAACAAUGUUUAUGCAACCAUAGAGUACUUUUUGAUUGAAAAAUUUGAAGGAGAGACGGGUGGAGAUGCUCGGGUCCUAUGCAGGCCAAUCGGUAUCCCGGAAGAAAAUGGAUGCUCCCUUGAUGUGAGUAAUGAAGAAGAUCCCGUAUUAGAUAUUGGUAGCUCUUUGUCUUUACCUAUGACCGUGAUCUACGACGAAAAGCUUGUACCUGUUGAAACUAUUGAAUGGGAAAAUCGACUUAAAAAGUUAAAACAGAAAUCUCCUGCUUGUACUCCGAGUCCACACCAUUAUAAAGGGAAGCAGGCUGAUGUGGUGGACUCAAUCAGUAGAAGUUUUGACAAAAGGGUGACAGCGAAACCUUCUCAUUGUGCUGUGGCGUACAAACUUCUAACUGAUGACCAAUGUCAAGAGCUUGAUGUGAGGGUUGGUUCUACCUUUCCAACCUUAGCCAUUGCAUGUUAUGACAUCCAUGGUAAUCAAGCACCUUUUCAAGAAAUUCCGAAGGAUCUGACCAUUCGACUUCAGGCGGCAAAGGACUUGUACUUCAAUGUGCGAGGAAGAAAUUUUGCUCUUUCAGUUGACAAAAUGUCUUUAAAAAUCAUGGAUGCAAUGGUUAAAAGUAAUGAAUUAGAUAAGAUAAGUCCUACCUAUAGAACUACUUUGAUGAUUACUUCAGAAAGUGUUCCAAUGUCACUAUCUUUUCCGUGUCGAGUUUUUCCUAGUUCUCUCAAACAUGUUGACCUAAAGCCUGAGAUAAGAGAAGACCAACUACUUCCAGGAUUCAUUUUCAAGGAGUUAAUGUUGGAGAUGUUUGAUAAAUAUGGAAACCAUGUGUCUGAAGGCAUUGAGGUUGAUAUUGUUUUGGCUGGAUUCGAAAUACUAAAUCGUUGCAGUACUUUAUACAAGGUUGAUGAUAAAGGAAAAAUUAAUCUUAGUGGUCUGCUAAAGUUAACUGCAGGUUAUGGAGAAAAUGCAUCCAUAUCUGUCAUUUUUCAGAAUAUAACAAUUUUCAAGCAGGAGUUUUCAAUUGCGCAAAGAAGCUUGAGAAUUGCAUCAGAGGUGCCUGGUUGUUGUGCUGCUGGUAGUCAGCUAGAAAACGUUGAAUUUGAAAUUGUAAAUAUUGAUGGAGAAGUAGAUACAAAGAUUCACCAGGACGAUCAAUAUGGCCAGUUUCAUAUGCUCACAAUUAAGUCAGACCUUCUCAAUGCAGAGAACUCUAUGCGGUACACUUUCAAGCAUGGACGCUGUACAAUUCCAUACAUCCGUGUUCCAGACAUUGAGGGGACUUUUUGCUUUGAAGCUUCACAUUCAAAAUAUACAGAUCUAUGUCUGGCUGUAAAGGUUCAAGUCAUCAAAAUGCCAAAUGCAAAAGAUGAUGCACAAUUUCUAUCCCCGGAAAAGAAUAUUUUUCCAAUGCAGGAACUAUCACCACUUAAUUGUGGAAAUGACUUAAUGAUGUCUGUCAUAAAUAGUACUAACAAGAAACUUCAAGAUAUUUUUCAACUUGGUGAGAAAAUUAAAAGCUUAGAAGAAAAUCAUAAUUGUUAUCUUAAUCUAAAGACUGAGACCGAGAAACAGAUAUUGAGUCUGCAAGGUUCUCUCUCUCAUCUAGGCAACAUUGAUUCCUUAUUCACCGACACCAAAGAGGAAAUGACUACAAAAAUCAAAAGCAUGGAAAACACAGCAGCUUCUGUCCUAUGUAGUCUUUCUAAUCAACAGACUCCUCUCUUGAAAGAUAUAAUUGGGGUUGUUGCCCUCCUUGGUUCCGUUCAGAGUCUUGAGCUUAGCAGAAUGUUAGCUGAAUUUCUUGGUGAAGAUAAAAUGCUGGGUGUUAUUUGUCGAUCUGUUGAGACUGCAAUUGCUCUUGAAAAAUAUAAACAAAAUGGAGAAAUCGAUUAUGUGUGUGCUUUGCAUGCUGAAGCAGCUGAUCUUGGUAAAGCGAUAAGCAAGCGUUUUCUUACUAUGUGCUUUGAAAAUAUAAGGCCAUGCGAAUAUUUGCCACAAAAAAAUGACUCUCAGAGGAAGCUAGCAUUGCCUGAUCCCAAGUUACAAAAUGGGAGAACGCCAGCCGGCUUUAUGGGUUAUGCAGUUAAUAUGAUUGAUCUGGAUACCCGUCACCUGCAGACAAGCACAAAAUAUGGUUACGGGCUUCGCCAGACCGUGCUAUUUAGGCUGUUCAAGAAGCUCCAAGUUUACGAAACAAGAGAUAGUAUGGUGGCUGCUCUUCAAUGUAUAGAGGAGGAUGGUGCGGUAUCCGUAGAUGGUGGAAUUAUAAGAGAAAUGGGAACUCUUUCUCUUGGUCAUGGGAAUCCUUCCAUAUACUUUCCUUGUGCUAACGAGUUGGACAAUUCUCCACAAACUAAGGAAAUCUUGAGUCAGAUUAAAGUAAAGAAAGAAGAGCUGCGGGAUAUUGAAGAAUACCUUAAAAAGUCAAAUAAGUGUAUCCAGAAGAAUAAAAAAAAAUAUCAGAAAAAGGACAAGGAAUAUAAAAUUCUUGUUGCUACAACAGUUCAGCCUUUGUCCGAGGUACCAGUACCAAAACCAGAGUUUGAUUGGGAAACCUUGGUAAACUUAGGUGAUUGAUGUGUUUUUGUUUUCUAUGAUUUUGUUCAUUAAACUUGGAGCUUUGGAUAGUGUUUUUUCAUGUGUUGUUAUCGGUGGCUGGCGUUCAAUGACUUCAAAGGAAUUGAAUAGGCUUCUUUUUGAGGUACCGAUAGGUUUUGGUUACUGUCAUGGAUUAAUUUAUGCACUAUCUCUCUUUCUGUUCUGGUUAUAUAUAAGACUCUUUAAAAAGUUUGCCUUUUUUUAAUAUAUCAUUUAUUAAUAUUAU